UUUUGGGUCAUAUUAACUGUCUUUAUCUGUCGCAUAUUCUCCAGCCUCCCCUCGCCCAGGGUCCACUUGGAGUGUUCAUUGCUUUCUCUCUGUGCACUUUGGCGUUACCUCACGGUUUCCUGAUUCUUGAGAGAAGUCAGCGUCAGGAGCGGGGUUUUGCCGAGAUAUUUUCUUGUCCUUUCCAGCACAGAGCUCUAUAAACAAAGGCAGGGUUAUCACAUGUACCUGGCAGCUGCCUGGGAAAAGCGGGAGCUGUAGUUAUCAAAAUUGGAACCUUUAUGAAAAAUGCUUUUGUCUCCGUUUUUGUUGCGUUCAAUCAGAUCAACAAGUGUUGGCUAAGUGCUGAGCGUGGUUUCCUGUGGGAUUGUGCAAGGCCCUUGCAGGACAAUAAACGUUUUGGGGGCACUGAGUAAUGUAGCCAUUUCUGACCCAGCAGCCGGGAAAAUGUGAGACAAUUUGCUGCCGCUGGAAGGAGGGCAGCGGGGGCCGUGUUCCUGCAAGAGCAGACCAACCUCACCGCGGCGGACCCCGGCGGCGGACCCAGCCAAAAUGGACGACGAUAUGGACACAAAAUCCAUUCUAGAAGAACUUCUUCUCAAAAGGUCACAGCAAAAAAAGAAAAUGUCGCCAAGUAAUUACAAAGAGAGGCUUUUUGUUUUAACCAAAACAAAUCUCUCCUACUAUGAAUAUGACAAAAUGAAAAGAGGCAGCAGAAAAGGAUCAAUUGAGAUUAAGAAAAUCAGAUGCGUGGAGAAAGUAAACCUUGAGGAGCAGACCCCUGUGGAAAGACAGUAUCCGUUUCAGAUUGUCUAUAAAGACGGGCUUCUCUAUGUCUACGCAUCAAACGAAGAGAGCCGAAGUCAGUGGUUGAAAGCAUUACAAAAAGAGAUAAGGGGCAACCCCCACCUGCUGAUCAAGUACCACAGUGGGUUCUUCGUGGAUGGAAAGUUCCUGUGCUGCCAGCAGAGCUGCAAAGCGGCCCCAGGAUGUACCCUUUGGGAAGCAUAUGCUGAUCUGCACGUCACAACCCAUGAAGAGAAACACAGGGCUCCCACCUUCCCAGACAGAGUGCUGAAGAUUCCUCGAGCGGUUCCUAUUUUCAAAAUGAAUGAAGCAUCUUCAAGUACCACUGUCGCCCAGUAUGACAGUGACUCCAAGAAAAACUAUGGCUCCCAGCUAAACGUCAAUUUGCAGCAUAUUCCAAGAGAAGACUGCCCUGACUGGUGGCAAGUAAGAAAACUGAAAAGCAGUGAAGAUUUCGCAUGUGGCAACCAGAGGGAAAGGACUGUCGUAAAUCACAGCACCUCAAAGAUGUCAUGGGGAUUCCCCGAGUCAAGUUCAUCUGAAGAAGAGGAAAACCUGGAUGACUAUGACUGGUUUGCAGGUAACAUCUCCAGGUCACAGUCUGAGCAGUUACUGAGACAAAAGGGAAAAGAAGGCGCAUUUAUGGUUAGAAAUUCCCGCCAGGUGGGAAUGUACACAGUGUCCUUAUUUAGCAAGGCUAUGAAUGAUAAAAAAGGAACUGUCAAGCAUUACCAUGUGCACACAAAUGCUGAGAACAAAUUGUACCUGGCAGAAAACUACUGUUUUGAUUCCAUUCCAAAGCUUAUUCACUAUCAUCAACACAAUUCAGCAGGCAUGAUCACACGACUCCGCCACCCUGUGUCGACCAAGGCCAACAAGGUUCCCGUCUCCGUGUCCUUGGGAAGUGGAAUAUGGGAACUGAAAAGAGAAGAGAUUGCCCUCCUGAAGGAACUAGGAAGUGGUCAGUUUGGAGUGGUCCACCUGGGCAAAUGGAAGGGACAGUAUGACGUUGCCAUUAAGAUGAUCAAGGAGGGCUCCAUGUCAGAAGAUGAAUUCUUCCAGGAGGCCCAGACCAUGAUGAAACUCAGCCACCCCAAGCUGGUGAAAUUCUACGGAGUGUGUUCAAAGCGAUACCCUAUAUACAUAGUGACUGAAUAUAUAACUAAUGGCUGCCUGCUUAAUUACCUGAAGAGUCACGGAAAAGGACUUGAAACCUCUCAGCUCUUAGAAAUGUGCUAUGAUGUGUGCGAAGGCAUGGCCUUCUUGGAGAGCCACCAGUUCAUACACAGGGACUUGGCGGCUCGGAACUGCUUGGUUGACAGUGAUCUCUCCGUGAAAGUGUCUGACUUUGGGAUGACGAGCUUCCAGAAAAGCGCCCCACAUUUCAGCAACUCCUAUCUUCCAUUGAACCACUGCGGGAAAAAGACAAGCCUUGAAGAAGAAAUCGGGAGAUCUCAUGAGAAUGAAUGUAAACGCUGGCCAACAUCUUCAUUCUUUUUAAGGAAAGUAGCAAGGCACAGACAAUGGAAUUUAGCUAGUUCUUCUUAAUAGUCUUCUGCAUGCUGUUUGUUAUAUUAUGUAGAAAUGAACAAGGUGAAAAAAAAAACCAAAAGAUUUCCUUGAAAUUUAGGUCAAAUUAGUAAUUUUGUGUAUGCUGAUCUUAAUAUUACACUUCCCAGACUAUAGCCGAAGCACAUUUUCUGAUCGUGAUAUAGACAGUGCGGACCAUGUGUAAAGAUGGAACAGAAUUGACAAAUUCUUUGUUGGAUAUUUGUUCUUUUCCUUAUAUUGUCACUGUCAUAAUUAAAUGUUACUAAUGAGUACCAAAAUGUGGACAUUUGCCUUCAUGUUUCAAUGCUGUCAAACUUCAGCAUGUCUGAGAAUCAAAUGAACGGUUUAUUAAAACACAGAUUCCUUAGGAACUACCGCAGGGAUUCUGGUAGAGCAACUCUGAGGGCAGCCUAAGAAUUUGUAUUGUUAACAACCUUGCGGACGUUCCUGUGCAGUGGGGCAUCAUUAGGUGGUCCAUAAUUCAACCCAAGUGACCCAACCCUCCUCUGAUUUCCAGAUUAGAUCACUGAUUCCUUGUGUCAUGUAUAUAUGCCAUGCAAAUAUAAAACUAAAAUAAUAUAUUCA